AGGAACCCAGCCCCUCCUCGCCCUCCCGCCCCCGGCCCCGCCCGCUGCCUUCCCCUCGGAGCUGCCGAGCCAUGGGCUGCUCCAGCAGCGCCCGCAGCCGCCCCCAGGAGCCCCCCAGCAGCAGCGGGGCGCCGACGAGGGCAUCAUCUGGGGAGAACUCCCCAAUUGCUGAUGAUUACGAAACCGUAGCCGAUCAAACACAGCUGGAUGCAGUGGAGGGUGUGAGCCUGGCCUCUGAGGAGCUGAAAUUGGACGACCACCUGCCAGGGGAAGAGGCCACAGCCGUGACUCCGGCCUUGGAGCCAAAGAUCGCCUCGGUCCCUGAGAGAGAGGAGCCGGAGGGCACUGAGCCGCCACGUGUAGCACCGGAGCGGAGCUCAGAGCUGCCAGCUGUGUGGAGAGAGGAAAGCAGCGGGACUGCACCGCCAGCACUGAGGGACAGUGGUGGGCCACCAGCACCACGAUCGGCUGAUGACAGUGGGCUGGUGGAAGGCACUGACAGCUUUGUGGUGGAAACCAUCAAGAAAGUGCAUAUUGCUGAAGAGGACCACUUCAUUGAGGGUGAGACGGGAGAACAGGUGGAAAGUGAGCUGCUCAGUCAGAUAGUAAGUGGAGGGCCUGAAACAAAAGAAGAGGAAACAGGAGAAGCUGUGGAUGGCGCAGCAGCGACAGAGAUAGAGACAACUAGUAACAAAGACUAGAAGCUACAUCUGUAUGAACAUCCUCUUCUUGGACCAGCCCUUCUGUCCACGUGAAAGUUUUUUAAUUUUGCAGCAUUGGAAAAAUAGAGCUUUUAUAGAUGGAGCCAGAAUAAGAAGCAUCAAAGGAGGUUUUAUAUGUUUUUGAAGUCAAGAUGCCAAGACUUCAAGUGUUUGAAAUACCUGACCUGGUACCUCUCUGCCACAGAGUGCCUUCUGUACAUCGCCAGCACAGCAGGAUGAUUCUGACAGAUGUAUAACCAUCCAGUUUUCAAUUAGGAGUCUUUCCAGGUUCUAACUUCAAACCUCUGAAACCUGCAGCAUUACAUAGGUUAAAGAAUAUAGAGUAGACUGGUUUUAGUUUUAUUUUAAUGGUAGCACAAGCAGAAAGUCAGAAAGGGAAGUCCUGCUUUUGAGAACUCCUGCACAUGCGGGUAAUCCCUCUGAGUGCCUGCACAACCACAUUAUGGAGCUGCUGCAGUGUGCUGCUCUCAGAAGACUGGAACCCAAACUGCCCAUUUGCUGUGUGUAACUAAAUGCAAAUGUUAGUUUUUCAGGCAGUGAAAGAUACACAGGUUGCAACGUACAGUAACCAAGUAGGCGUCUUCUGCUAACUCCAUUUUUAAACAUAUUUAUUUAUUGAAAGGAGGAAAAAAAAGGCAUUUUUAACCAGGAAGAGAAUGUUUUAGCCUUCUAAAGUCUGGCAUACUUAAAAUGCAAAUUCACAGUUGUUAGCACGCAUGGUGAUUAAUAGGGCAUCUUUAGCGAUGUAGCUCCUCAAAUACACUCAUGGCUUCUAAAAUAGAUACCUAACCAGUGACUUUUAUAAGUCUGUUCCCAUAGGAGAGGUCAUUGUUCCAUCCCCCAUUUCUCCAGGAGAAACAUGCAUUCAGAAAUGGUGUUAUGUUCCAGAAUGCUAAGGAAGUAUUUCAGAGCUGAAGCUGAAUGACAAAACCUUCAAACAAAAUUUAUGUUGAAAAGAGGCCCCAAAUAUAAUCAGUGUUAUGGAUCUGAUAGAGUAGAACUUUCAUCUGAUGGUGAGUGAUGCAAAGGGACUCUGUAUUUUUAUUGGAGACUGUCUGGGAGACCCUGUGGCAUAAGGAAGUAGAACAUGGAGGAAAGGUUAAGUAUCUCAGAAGGGCAAAUGCUGCUAUUUUUAUUAGCUUUACUGUACAAAAGGUCUUCAACAAAUUUUCUUGUCAGCAGCAAAUUAUCAAAAUCCCCUCUAAGCUAAGUUUUGUGCUGCAUAUGCAUGCCUGACUUCAGCAGACUUUGGCCUGUAUUAAAUAUUUUAAUUGAUAUCCCUGGCCUAUCAGCUUGCUCUACUAGCUGAUAUUCCUUAGCCGUAUUGCUGCACUUAAGGUUUGCUGUCUGUCAGCAGUCUUUUCAGACUGGGCUGGGUUCCUCCUCUAUGCUGGGGAUUUGGUUUGACUACCAGCACCUGAGCUGGCACCACACAAAUGCAGGGAGUCUGCUGUACUGACUGCUUGCAAGUUACGUGUUAGAUCCAGAGAUGCUGCUUGACUGGAUAUAUUGAAAGAAGCAGAACUGAUGGCAUUUCCAUAACAGAGACCAGUAGUAUUAACAGCACCAGCAGAGACAGUGCUUGGAAAUAAAAUAGGAAGAUACAAGAGAGUCAAGAUAACCUGUUCACCUCAUAAUCACUCUCACUGCCACCAUCAUUACAAGAAAGACAGGUGACAAUAUACACUCUUACCUCCUUAUUCAGCUUUUUCAAUCAUUGGAAGCAAUGCUAAUUGGAAACAAGAGGAAGGUUACCCGAUCAGUGACUCAGCAGGUCAGCCCUUGUCUGUCAUCUUCAGUCUUUACAUAUCUUGUAAUUACAAUAUAUGAAAGCUAUGUUACUUUUCCCUUCUCAAAAAGUGACAUAUGCUUGACACUGUGUUAAACAUGAAAUGUUAACUGUAUUAAUUACAAAAUCAGAACUCAGAUGCUAGACUUAUGCUGAACAUCCCUCCAUUGAGAAAUAAGACAAUCACUAUCCCACUGAGGCCCAAUAUUUAUGGUCUCUGAGCUACUGAAAUGUGUACCAUGCAUAAAGGGCCAAAAUACAUACAGUUAUUUGCUUCUGCAAAGCUCUGGACAUCACAGAGAUUGCCAAGGGCAGAAAUUGGUCUGUCAGUCAAACAGCUUUUUCAGCUUAAAUGCUGAGAAGAGGAUAUGCUCUGGUACCUGUUUACAAGAUAUACCUACAGAGCUAGUACAAUGUACCUCAGCAAUUUAUUUUAAACAGACCAAAAUAAAAGUGUAUUUUCAUAAAUGUGUCUCAAAAGCUAGACAAUCUUAAAUUUCAAACUUCAUCCAAGCUAGCACUUACCAUUCCGUGCUACAGUAAGGGUUGAAUAGAAUUAUAGAAUGGCCUGGGUUCAAAAGGACCACAAUGAUCACCUAGUUUCAAUCCCCU